AAUGGGGUGCACAUCUAAACAACCCGUUCUAGUUAGAACCCCUACCAACUUUACAAAAGCUAACUUCCUGGAAGUAUCCCCCUCCUCCUUAUUAAUUCCACUGUGCGCCGAUUUAAUUUCAUGCGUCUCCUUUCUCUUCCAUAUAUAAACACAAACACUUCCUUUACUCAUACUUGCUUGUUGCUUCAUAUUCAAACGCCUUCAAUUCUGUCUGAUUCUACAUCACUCUUAAUUUCUCUCUUUUACAAAUCCCUCUACUCUUGUUUUAAUGGAAGCAAUCAAUAGGUGUUGUUCUUCUACUUCAUCCUCAGAUUCUUCUUCUUCAGAAUCAUCUUUCUCUGGUAAUAAUAAAACACCAAGAACAACCCACAGAGCUGAGCGAAUUAAAGGUCCAUGGAGUGCAGAAGAAGACCGUAUAUUAACACGUCUUGUUGAAAGAUAUGGACCGAGAAACUGGUCUCUUAUAAGCCGAUAUAUUAAGGGAAGGUCAGGGAAAUCAUGCAGGCUUAGAUGGUGUAACCAGCUAAGCCCAAAUGUUGAGCACAGGCCGUUCUCACCCGCAGAGGACGAGACCAUCUUGGCCGCCCAUGCCCGCUUUGGUAACCGUUGGGCCACCAUUGCACGAUUGCUCCCUGGUCGAACAGAUAAUGCAGUCAAAAAUCACUGGAACUCCACGUUGAAGAGAAGAGCACAAGAACAACAAUUUCCACAACAACAGCCGCUAGAACAACAACAAAUGGACUUUUUUGAUAAUGGAAGUAAUAACGGGGGGUCUGUAGCUUCAGGAUCUGAUCAGCAGUGCAUGGGAUUGGAAGAUGAUGCGUUGACUGCGUUGACUUUGGGGCCACCAGGGACAGGGAGUGGUAGUGCGAUGGUGACGGAGAGGAGAACGGAGAGUUUGCCGGCGGGGUUUUGGGAUGUGAUGAGAGAUGUGAUAGCAAGAGAAGUAAGAGAUUAUAUGAGUUCAACGUUGUCUGAGACUCCAGGGUUUCAUUAGGAAGAGGAUGCAAAGUGCGUAUGUAUGAUGUGUUAAUUUGGUGGUUUAUUUCUGAUGUUAA